CACAUCAGCAACAUCGUCACUAGUUGAAGGUUUGUUGACAAAGCUUCUUUGAUUGUAAGACACCGUGACCUCAAUUUGGACGCGCAUAUGCAUCAUGGACUGGAAUCCCUCAGCUGUGCAGGUUGUCCUCUUGGCUACCAGCUCGGCCCUUACAGCCGUCUUCUACAAUGUGUACAGGAACAGAGCAGCAACAGUGACCAAAAUAAAGGAAGCCAAGAAAGUUUCCAUUGACCAGGAUUUGAAAAUUAUCCUGUCAGAAACACCUGGUAGAUGUUUCCCUUAUGCAGUCAUCGAGGGUGUCGUGAGGUCUGUGAAGGAAAGUCUCAACAGUCAGUUCCUUGACAACUGCAAAGGUGUCAUUGAGAGACUGACUUUGAAGGAGGAGAAAAUGGUGUGGAACAAUGCCACUCACCUGUGGAGCAACACUCAGAAAGUCAUCCACCAGCGCACCAACACCGUUCCAUUUGUGCUCGGCCCCCACGAUGAUGACAUCACUGCCACUGUACGUAUCAUGCGGCCGCUUGAGGCUGCAGAGUUGAAUCUAGAGACCACGUAUGAGAAUUUUCACCCAGCAGUACAGUCCCUGUCCAGCGCUAUUGGCAACUUCAUUAGUGGUGAGCGACCCAAAGGCAUUCACGAAACAGAGGAGAUGUUGCGCGUGGGAGACAGUGUCACAGGCGUAGGCGAGCUGGUGCUGGACAACAACAUCAUUAAGCUCCAGCCCCCGAAGGACGGCUUCUCUUAUUUCCUCACUCGCCUGGACUACGACGGUCUCCUGAGGAAGCAGGAGAGAGAUGUCAGACUGUGGCGGAUUCUGACUGUGAUCGCCGGCGUCGCUGCCUGUUCCACCUUCUUCUACCUUCUAUGGAAACAGUAUGUGUGCCACAGACAGAGGAAGCGUGUGAAGCGCAUGCUUCAAGAGUUGGACGAGCAAGAGAGGAAAAACAAGGGGGACCAAAAUGUGGAGGAAAGCGGCGUGCAGUCCAGCAGGUGCACCGUGUGUUUGUACCAGGAGCGUUCCUGCGUCUUUCUGGAGUGUGGUCAUGUGUGCACGUGCACGAGAUGCUACGAGGCUCUGCCAGAGCCAAAGAAAUGUCCCAUCUGCAGGGCAACUAUAGACAGGAUGGUGCUCAUUUACAAUAUCUAAAGAUAAAUGUGGUCCAGCUUGCAUCACGCUGACCCUUUUGUUCAAACUUUAUGUUCAACCAUCCUUACGUUUUCAUGGCUGUGGGCACCUGACUAAAUUGUCUUGAAUGAUUGUUUUGUAUUAUAUUUUUGAGGGAAUGGGAGAAUGUUUGAAGUUUUUUAACUCAUUUUAUGAUCAUUUUAUGAUAGCAAAAAAGGCACAAAUGGGCAAAGUACUUUAACCAAUAUAAGUAUGCAGUAAUGCAUUAAUACUUAUCAGUGACGGGAGUGUGCCAAUGCUGUGACAGAUCUCCAAAGAUCCAUACAGCAAUAAUGACACAACAGAGAUUUGCAAAACGGCAGAGUGGCACUAUAAACUUCAAGUUAACUGAAGUAAUUGGCAAGGGAAAAGAAGCUGUUCAAAUGUCUGCUGGUUUUGGUGUGCAGUGUUUUUAAUAGCGCCUACCAGAGGGAAUGGUGGUGUCCAGGGUGGGAUGAGUCAGGAUUUUGCCUGCCAGCUUCAUUUUUCGUGUCACAUUGAGCAGUUGACUUUCCUGAAAGAGUUGCCUGCAGCUCAGCUUCCUAAUAAUUGGCUUCCUAAUUUUCUCUCUCUCUUUCGACCGUGAGCUGGUUGAGCCUUAAUUAGUGAGCUGUUUUUUUUUUGUUUUCCCCCCUCAAUUGAUUGAAGACAGUAUUUUUAAUUGUCAAUCAGUUAAACAUAUUAAUUUUGGGGGGAGCGUGGAAGUCCAUUUUUGAAUCAACUUACCAAAACUAUGGCUGAAGAGAGAGCUAAAAUUAUUUAAGCCAUUUACCCUUUUUCCAAAAUCACGAUACCUUGGUGGUAUAAAAAGGAGUUUACUUGUGGUGCCACUGGGAAAAGGGAAGACCAACCUGAAGUACGUGUGACGUAAUGGCAAAGCGGGCCAGACAGACAGCUUCACAAUCACGUCUGGCCACAAUCAUGUCAGCAUAAUUUCCUUCCUCUGGUUGGUUGACGCAAGCCAAGUUUGAUCAGCAAAACACCUCUUUAGUGAUCUGCGCAUAUGAAUAUUGAAUACAAUAAAUAAAUAACAAUUUUUGGUGAGUAUGCCGUA